ACUCUAUCUAUCAAUUCACCAUUAUGAGAAACGCAGCAGUCUACGCCGGCCUCGUGGCCACCACCUUCUCCACUCUCGGACAGGCAUUGGUCAACCUUACCAUUGUUUCUUCCGUUGAGGACGUUCGCUUUGGCGACCAUCUUUUGGUCGAAUGGAUGACUGAUCGCACCUAUGUUCGUCCAACACUCAUGCCCACAGCGGUAAAAGUGCAAAUACUAAUCUACCGGCAACACAGAGUNCUCGAAUUCAACUUUGUCAAGAAGGAAGAUUUUGGCUGGUCUGUAGCCGAAGCCUUCUUUGACGACCGUGUCGCAAAAGCUGGCGAGGGCAAUAUUACUGUCAUUGUCCCUCGUGUGGAAGCCAACCGNNCGAAUAUGCUCUCUGGCUUUCUGGCUCCGAGCUUGAGAAGCCCACCGGCUAUGCCAAUAUUACAGAGUGGUUUGUGGUCGAGGACGCUUCCUUUCCACGCCGAAGCUCCGUGGAUUCUCAUUUACGACUGCUGGAACGCUCAAGAUCAACCCUUGGUUCCGUGGUCGCCUUCUUUUCUUGACACCUUUGCCAACCGCGACAUGUUCUUCCAGGUGCUGAAGUAUGGAUCACUCGCAAUCGGAUCAAUCGGCGCCCUUUAUUGUAUGCUUCUUGGUCUUCUAACUACAUCAUGGUUCCAGGCACACGUGGUUUAUCUACACGCCAUACAGAUGACUUGGGGGAAAGAUCUUGAUGUCCCGGAGGUCUUCGGAUUCCUCCACAAUCAGGUCACUCCNUUCGAUAUUAAGUCUGCGAGCGGUGAGAACUUGUACGCAUGGCAUAUCUUGCCCGUAGAGUUAUAUCGGCAACACGAACAGAAGCUUCUGACACAGCCAUCUGGUUUCUUGCUGGAUGUCACAUCCCUCCAUUCCUUCCAAUUGCUUCGCGACGAUCCUGAGGCUGUACUCAUCAUCCACUUUCAUGGCGCUGGCGGUACCGUGGGAUCAGGUUAUCGCUGUCUGAACUAUAGAGCACUGUCGGCUGGUCGGCCUGACAAAAUUCAUGUUCUGACAUUCGACUAUCGUGGUUUUGGACGAAGUUCUGGCACACCUAAUGAGAGCGGUCUCAUCGUCGAUGCUUUGUCUGUCGUCGAAUGGGCCAUGGAAGUGGCAGAAAUCGCACCAGCUCGUAUUCUCAUCUACAGCCAAUCUCUGGGAACUGCCGUGAACAUGGCCGUUGCCGAGCACUUUGCCUUGCAAGAACCUCCGAUCGUCUUCGCUGGACAUAUUUUGACUGCACCUUUUGUCGACGUAAUCACAUUGGUCUCCACAUACAGUGUAGCGGGAAUUCUUGAGCUAAUGAAGGCAGGGUCGAGGCUCGACAAUGGUCCUGCAGGCAGUGUUGUGGAAUGGAAAACUGAUCAUGGCAUCAUCAGAGAAGAGAUACUGAAGUAUGGCCUGCAUGACGUGAUCAUGGGCAAUCCUGUAGUGACACUGGCUGUCAUGCGAAUGCUUGGCUCA